CACCAGCUGUGUAUCUAGACACCAACAUACUCUUCCCUCCAGGCAUACCGUCAACGCCGUGUUUAUGUCACGCGAUGCUCUUUGCCCAUGUCCUGUCCAACGCACAACCACCAUCAUCGCCUGCGCACUGACAACAACAAUGACGCUGCCGCUAACCAAAGCGUUCGCAUACGCCGCCACACACCACACGAACCAGUCGCCAAUCGUUGCCCCAUCCAUUCCCCAAGUGCUGACUCAGUGACGCGUGCAAACCAGCAUUGCGCCCGCCCGCUGUCAAACAAUGCCCUUGUUUAUGGCUCCGUCAUCAGAAUCACUGCUACAAAAAGACUGCGUAUAUUUGCAUAUUAAGCAUCCGAAUACUAUACACUUUCACACUACGCAUGUA